AUGUCAAGUGGCUCAAGAAUCUCCACGAGUUCAAGCAAUCAGAGAUUAGAUAAGGAAGUCCUAUGUGAUUAUGAACUCCCUUCAAGAAUUCGUACCUCCAAGACCAAAGAUAACCCUGGAAAGAAAUUUCGAGUGUGCCCUAACUCAUUGGUAAAUACCAAAAUUGAUUUUAUUUGUCAAAUCGCAUCAAGUUUCUUCUUCUUACCUUCUAUGUUGUUGAUUUUAUUACUACAUAAACCAGGGAAAAAGUUUAAAUUUUGGGAAUGGAUUGAUGAAGAACCUGAGAAUAUGAAGCCCAUUGCAGAAGAUACUCUUUCGGAUUUUGCAGAUUAUCUUAAACAAGUUUUAGAGGAUGUGGCAUCUGUUAGAGAAUAA